GGAGAUCUAAUUGGGGCUUACCAGUACCUGAAGGGGGCCUACAGGAAAGCUGGUGAGGGACUGUUUAUCAGGGAGUGUAGUGACAGGACAAGGGGUAAUGGGUUCAAGCUGAAGGAGGGUCGAUUUAGAUGAGAUGUUAGAAAGAAAUUCUUUACUGUUAAGAAUGGUGAGGUACUGGAACAGGCUGCCCAGAGAGGUUGUGGAGGCCCCAUCCCUGGAAGUGUUUAAGGCCAGGUUGGAUGAGGCUUUGGGCAAUGUGGUCUAGUGGAGGGUGUCCCUGCCCGCAGCAGGGGGGUUGGAACUAGAUGAUCUUUAAGGUCCCUUCCAACCCAAAGCAUUCUAUGAUUCUAAAAAGCCACAGCUGAGCUGAUGUGUGCAAGCAGGAGAGGUCUCCUGAGGCCCCUUCCUACCAAAACUCCUGUGAUUCUACAAAAAUGGGGCAUUGGGUUCUCUGCUUUCUUUUCCUCUUUAAAAUAAAGAUAAUGCUCAACCAGACUUCCAGGGUUCAACAAGUAAGAAAACAAGCAAAUAACCCCCCAAGCAAAAAAGCAAGCAGACAAACAAAUAAAACCCUAAGUAAGCAAGCAAGCAAACAAAACCCCCAAAUGACAAAUGAGUCUUCUUUAUUUAAUUCUCCAGCUUGCAGUCAGCCUCAUGAUUUGUGGGGAUUUAAUAUUGGGGUUUUUUAAUGUUUUUGGCAUUGGCCGGUAAUUUGUAGUCUGAGUGGAGUUACAUGUGAACAUUUGCUGGCUCAGUCUCUAUAAAUUUGCAGCACCUGGUGCAGUAGAGAAAAUGGCUCAGCUAGAGGUGUUGAUAAGGGCAACUCUAGUUGCAUGUAAGACCUAUGCUUGGUUCAGAAUCUGUAUAAAUCUACUACAAGAAGCAUGAGGACUUGGAAAUAGCUGUUCUGCUGUAAGCUUCAUUUGAAGCCUCCAAAAAGAAAAAGUGCCUGUCAUGAAGGAUUAAAAGUCAUCUCUUCCAAGCCACCAGAGGCAAUAAAGGUGAAAGAAAGGAAACAGUUAAAGAGUUGAAGAGUUUGUCACGUGCUCUUGUUUGGGGCAAUGUCUGCUUUCACCCUGCUGGGAUUCUCAAGCCGGUCUUUGCUGUGAUGGUCCUUGAUGCAAUAAGCCCACCUGGGACAAGGCUGAAGAACAAGAUCUGUGGUUUGAUUUGAUGUGUGAUUACCUUUAAUCCUGCCUGCCUGGCAGCCUGCAGUAAAUCACUCCAUGAGUGCUAUGAAUACAAAAGCCAGCUCUGGAGUUGAGGAAGGAGCCUCAGGAAUGAGGAGCAAGACCCUGGAUGAGAGCAGCCACUCAGGAGAGGUCAAGAGAGGACAAGUGAUCCUUGUUGCCUACCUGAUUGCUACCCUAGAUCUGACCUUCCUGUUCAUGCAGAUGGGAGUCAUGCCUUACUUGGCAAAGAGCCUAGGUUUGGAUUCAGUGGGGUUUGGCUACCUCCAGACAACCUUUGGUGUCCUCCAGCUCAUGGGAGGUCCCAUUUUCGGAAGGUUUGCAGAUCAGUUUGGCACCCGAGCCGCCUUAAUUCUCUCCUGUGCAUCUGGAAGUGCCUUCUUCCUGCUCAUGUCCAUUUCCACCAGCAUCCCCAUCCUCUUCCUCUCCAGACUGCCAGCAGUGUUCAUGCACGGGCUACCGGGUGCUCAGAAGGUUAUUACAGAUAUGACUACUCCUUCACAACGUGCUGAUGCUUUGGGGAAGCUGGGUCUGUGCUUUGGAAUAGGCAUCAUCAUUGGCUCUGCCCUGGGAGGUGUCCUCUCCACCAAAUUUGGCAUUUUUGUUCCUAUGUAUGUCGGGCUGGUGGGUAAUCUCAUAAAUACCAUGAUAGCAAUGGUUUGGAUCCCUUCGCAGGCUAAACCAAAGUCAGACAAUCGUGUGACAGAGCACAGCACGUCACAGUCUGGCAGCGUGUUUAGCAUCAGAGAAAUCCUACGCCUGAUGAAGUUUCCAGGAGUGAUGGAAGUUUUCAUAGUCAAGGUCUUUGCUGGACUUCCCAUAGGUUUGUUCCUGAUUAUGUUUUCCAUCAUCUCUAUGGAUUUCUUUGGCUUGGAAGCAGUAGAGUCUGGAUACCUGAUGUCAUAUUUUGGUGUCCUUCAAAUGGUUGUCCAGGGUCUGGUUGUUGGAAAACUCACUAACCACUGUACAGAGAGGACCUUGCUCAGGCUCAGCGUCUUCGUCUUCGCCGGUGUGGGACUAGGCAUGGCCCUAAUGAGGACCGUGUGGCACUACUGCAUCGUUGCGGUGCCGCUGGUGUUCGCCUUCAGCACACUGGGCACCAUCACUGACAGCAUCCUCACCAAGGCCGUCCCCUCCUCUGACACCGGUACCAUGCUCGGGAUAUGCGCCUCAGUGCAGCCCUUGACCCGGACGGUGGGCCCAACCAUUGGUGGAGUUUUAUACAAACAAUUUGGAGUUUCCUCCUUUGGCUAUUUACAGUUAAUUGUCAAUAUAGGUUUGUUUGUUUACCUCUUAAAGAGUGAAAUCCCACUGAGAGAGCUGAAAAGCCAAUAAUUCAGUUGCAAGAAAGUAACCCCCUUACUUUUUCCAUAAAGAUGUUCUUGAGGUUUUUUUUAAUCCAUAA